AUGGCUCACAGGCCACAAUGGUGUUCCAAGUCGCUUCUUCGUCUCAUUUCGGCCAUCACCAGCCUCGCGGAUUCGAAAUGGUCGGCUUUGCAUGCCCUGAAAAAUGAUAUGACACCGGGCGAGAACUCAAGCGUCGCUUCUUGCAUGGAGACGUAUGAGCAUCAGAGACACAUGCUUGAGAGGCAGCUAUACCAACAUUCCUUUCAUGAAAAACAUACAUCCGAGACGGAAGAAGAUGAGGAAGAACGACAUAUUUCAGGAGUCAAACGCCUCGCGGCCUUGAUGUAUUUCUACGCCAGAGUUGACGAGUCCGGGCCGUACGAGUCCCACAUGGGCCGACUGACGGAGGAGAUUCUGCAGCUUCUCCCCCGCGUUUCUCUGAGAACGAAUACCCUUCUUUGGCCCCUCUUUAUUGUUGGUACUCUUGGGAUCCGGCCCGAGUCAGACGACAACCGUAUCCUCGUCCUGAGGACCUUAGACGCCCUGCAACGAACACGUCAACUUGGAUGCGUUAGGAAGGCCCGCUUCGUCAUAGAAGAUGUGUGGAAAGCUAGAGAUCUGAGCCUGACAGAUGCUGCGAGGGGCUGGUCAAUCCUGGAUGGUAAGCAUGGUAACAUCAGUCUUGCAUAG